CAGGUAUGGAGUCUCACUCUAGUGCUUUCGGCUGCCAUGUGCCAAUGUCAUUGUAUUGGACUGUGCGCUUUACUAUCCCCUAUACGUCCGCCAAUGGACGGUAGGCUCCAAUUACACAGCAAGGCUAUGUUGUCAUCUAUCUAUUUGCUAGAUAUGUAUCUACAUCCACUUCUCCAUUCCCUUUCACUUUCAAACAUUGCACAUAGGAAAAAAAAAAGGUCAGACUAAGCUUAAUUAUACCAUGGAACCACAACCCCCCCCUAUUCCAAAAUCAUUUUGUCGGCAGAGUGGAAUGACCCAAACCACCGAGAACCUCGAUGUGAAGUUUGUCAUUGGAAUAGCAACUCUCUAGAGUCUUCUGCUAUGUGGGAUCUCUUUGACAACACGUUCGGGCAACUUUCUACCAUACAUAGGUAGGUAAUUGUACUUGCUGCCGUCUUGUAGCUCUUGCUGUUACUUAGGCCCCAAACCUCUUCAACGGGGGAAUCCCUCCAAGUCGAGACGAGAGGGUCUAUGUCUCAAGCGAAAAAGACGGAGGACUUUUCAUUAUUCUUUCUUCCAAGGGUCGCGGAAGGGUGGUUCUAUUUGCUUCGGGAUACUCCAGCUACCGCCAGUACACAAUGAUACCAAAUCAUAUGCCUCUUUCUUCUGGGCAAAGACCAAAUCGAACCUCAUCAAGAAUGUUGUCAACCGAAGAGCACCGACAGAUCUUCUGUCCCUACGCGUCUAGCGGAUCCCGAUAUAUCGCGCUCAGUAAUUGCUGGGUAUCUGAUAUACCCACCUGCAUAACAACCGAGUCUGCAUUGCCCGACUGUAAGAAACGUAUACUAUGGGGCAUUCUACCCAAAACUAUCCAGUAAGCCUUGAUAUUUACCCGCCAACUGAAGAUUCAAUAUUUAUGGGUCGACCGCCUCUGCAUAAUGCAAGGAAAUGAGGAAGAUUGGGUGCGGGAAUCCAGGCGAAUGUUCCAUGUCUAUAGGAACUCCUAUGUAACCCUAAAGGUUAGGGAGGGGAGCUAGAGAGAGAGAAACCCAAGUUUCUCGAUCCUUCUACUUUCGAAGAGGGGUCGGUCUUCUCGUUUAUGUUGCAGUCGCCAGCGAUAGAGAUGAUAUUCUGAGGAUAGUGAUCGAACUAUUUAAAA